CUAUACAUGUAGGUCAGUUGACAUCUCGAUGGAAACUUCACCAAGCAAGCAAUGGACCAAACCCUCCCACGUUAUGAAGGUGCGGAUGAAGCGAAAUCGCCGAAGCACCAGCGAUCUGACUACGAAAUCCUUCAUGUCCGACCAGUCGCUGGUCAAUGCUGGGUCGCAUUCGGCCAGACCAGGGGAGGGCCGGAGUGGGAAGAGGCGGAAUCCAUUCGGUAGCGGGGGUGGCAGCAAUGUCAUGAGAAGGAGAAUUCAAAGUGAAGUUAUUGGAGGGCAGAAGGAGCUUGAUGCAAAGGAUCAUGGGAGAAAUCAUCAGAAGCUUUUCACUGCACUUGAUUCGCAGCAAGAUGAGGUAUUUGAUGUAGAGGCAUGUCAGAGACUGACCAAGGCUAUAAAAGCUAUACAAGCAGAGGAAGAAAAGAAGCUGCCAAAUUCUUCAAAAGAGCCGACCGAGAAAACCUUGAUUGAAUCUCUUGCUGGAGGUAAACCUGAUUUAUCACCGGACUGGUGUCUCAGAACUCGUGUUCGCUUUACGUCACACAGCUCGUUCAGCUGGUGCCAACCGAUACGAAUGAAGGAGGAGGCCAGGGGACUAUGCUCAUUUGUACAGGGUGACACUGGUCCUGACACUGAGAAUGAAAAGCCUGUUGAUGAGUCUAGUUGGAGGAGUGACCUACAGCAGGCUACUAUGUGUUGGAUGCAUCCUGAUCUACCAUGGCUGAACCUCUUCCCAAGGAUUGUACCAGAACCAAAAAAGUUCAAGCAGUCAAUCGCCACCAAGGAACCAGCUAUAGCUACUGCCUUGAUGACAAAUUGGUCAGAGAGUUUCCGAUCUGUAUUCCACUUGCUGCGGUCAGGUCAUUGCCCGUAUUUCUAUCUGUGUACGCAUCACUUUACUGUUCUCUUCAGAGCAGCUGGUGUCGGUGCCACGCCCACUAUGCAUGCUCUCAUGACCCCAACCACUAGAGGGCUUAGAGAGGCAUUAAAAACUGAAGGAAUCAGUUAUUCCAUGCCUCUACAUCAAGAAGUUCCAUCUCCACCGCAGUCAAAGCCGACUACAUCCACUGCAGAUCAACAGAGCAAACUUGCGGGAGAAAGCUGUCCUGAUGGAGAGACUGAUGAGCUGUCUGAGCCCAACAACGAAGAAGGUCAGAUAAAAGAAGAGCCAACAGAGGAGGAGGAAGAGGAAGACAUCCUUCAAAGCCCUACCAAGGCAUCGUCAUGGUUGCAGAGCAUUGGUCUUGAUAAGACUAAUUUUCCAUCGCUAGAACCUACCAGAGUCAAAUUCCAAUCUGACCAGCUGCUUAAGCUGGACAAUCGGCCACAAUCUCUGGUUCUCGUGGAAGGACUGGACACCCAAGCCUUGUACAACUUCCUCCUGAAUAGCCGGACGGUGCUCACCAGUGUAGGUCCGCUAGCCGACAUACCCCCAACCAUCCUCUCACCUCUACCCUUCAAAGGGGCUACCCUCCACAGCUGUAAGUUGAAAUCAGGCACUCUGAAGCAACAGACCAACCAAUCACUGGUAGAGCUCAGUAGUCUAGAGGUCACGGGCCCCGUCAUGCCACACAACAUCCACAGCCUCUGCCAUCUCCUGCGUAGGACGCAAGAUGGCGCUUUCCAGAUGGCCCUCAGCAAUCACGAAGCAACGUCGCCAUUCACGAGCUGUUCACAUUCCAAGAAUGAGAAGAAGGGAGGGACAGACACACGGGACAGUGAGAAAUUGAAUGCAUUGAGAAUGAACUGUGGACUAUCAAAGAGUCAGGCAGAAUAUUUGACAAGCAUGUGUACUGUGAAUCUACCAGUCAAGGAGGUGUUGUGCAAAGAUGGCUUAUUCUUAUAAUUACGGUCAAGUCUACAUAUUCGACUUUAUAUAUUUUUAUAAAGUCCUUAAAUUGCAUAACGUCGGUGUGCUGUUGAAUCCUAGUAUCUCAAACUGGAACAUUUCACAGACAUCUAAAAAAUAUAUAUAUUUCAGAGCUAUGAUACAAGUGGCAACAUUCUUUUGCCUAGAGAGUUUUCAACAGGAUUCAGACAAUGUGAGAUUGCUGCUCUUGCAUUAAUUCUGAAAUUAAGCUUUUUUUCUUAACUGUCCUAAUUUUUAAAAAGCUUUUGAGAUACAAGGUUUUAUUAGCCCACCGAUGAUAAGCCAAAGUAAUAUUAGACCAUUAUUGUGCAAAACGUGUUUUGUGUACUUGUUGUAACUCAAAUUUUACUCAAGUCAAGCAGAUUUCUCUGGUCUUCACGAUUUCAUCACUUCUCACUCAUUUUCAAGAGAGGAUACUCUGCCUCACCUACUCAUCAUCUUUCUCUCAUUUUUCAACUCUUCAAUCCUCCCAAUCCUUUUCAACACUGACCAUUACCAAUGACCCUUGGAGUCUUCCCAUAUUAGUUUUCAAUUGUUUCAAAUAUUUUCCAUACUGGCUACAAUCCUGGUAUACUGAAUUAAAAAUUUUAAGUCCUUAAAUAUCCUCUAAAGACCCAGACCAGAGCUUAAAUUAUAGUGACAGUGAUUUUCUGUUUUACCAGUAAAUAAAACAGAAAUUCAGUUUGGUUCUUAUACUUUUCAUGUAAAAAUUUA